AUGAGCUUGCGAUUGGGUCUCUCCCUGCUGCUAAUGUUCGGCAUGUCGCAGCUGAUGCAGCAGGUGGAUGCCAGGAAACUUUGCGGCGAUGCACUCAAUAACGCCCUUGACGUGAUUUGUUCUUCUGGAUUCCCCCUUAGGAUCCCACGCGACACGGACAGACAACAAAGUCCCGAGAAGGCGCUGCUCCGCAAGUGGCGUCUCUUGGCCUUGCAACUGCAAUUGGAUCAACCGGAAAAUGAUGAAAAGGAUGAUGAAGCUCCUGUCGCUGCCAUAGACGAAGGCAGCGAACGGAAGCUACAUCGUCCAAGGCGCGAGGGACGCAUUAUCGACGAUUGCUGCGAGAAUGGAUGCACCUACGAUACUCUCCGGUUAUACUGUGCCUAA